CCUUUGUCCGAAAUGUCACUGUCAGAUGUUCUAUUUGUCAAUUAAAUUUUGUAAAUAAAUGAUAUGAAUAUUUAAGAACAAAAAUUCAACGUUUUGAAUUGAUAGCAGCUAGAAUUUCUAGUUUUACCAACAAAUAAAAAUAAUGGGAUGUUGUUGGAGUUUGUUUUGCAAAGAUGAUAGUUCUUCACAGAAUGGAGAACCAAACGAAAGAACACACUUGCUAAUAGACCCUGUAUCAAAUAACACAAAUAUUCAAAGGGUUAGCAGCGAAGAUAUAUUAAGUAGAAAUUCAAAUACCUUACCGAAAAAGACUGAUGAACAAUCGGCAUUGAGUAGAAUACUACAAGAAACAGCUACCAAUGUUAUAGAUGUAGCUGCCUUGGAUUCCCACAAUCUACAGCAACACGAAUAUUCAGAACGGGUUAAAAUGUACAACACAAGGGUCCAGCAAGUUCUAACAACUAACAGGAAUGUGUUAACAAAUAAACUGAAAUCUUGUUUACUGCAAGAUGUCCCUCAACCUGAAAAAGUCCUAGGUGCCGAUUUGAUAAGCAAGGAUGACAUUAGUUUAAUAUCAAAUUCUAUAACUGCAGCGUUGAAUGCAAUAAAUGAUAUCAAAGUGGAUCAUAAAGAAGACUUAGUGGUCCCGUUUGGACUAGAUUGCUAAUUUCUUUUAAUAUAUAAUUAUAUAAAAAUAAGAUGAAAUAUUAUGUGUAUAAGUUUUGUUAUAAUUUAUUAAUUUUAAAUUUUAUUUAAAUUAAAUAUUUGCUAUUUAUUGUGUUAAUAAAUAUUUUGAGUUACCACCUUUAUUUCUGUUUUUGAAAAAUAUUUCAUCUUAUUACUGUAUAUAUUUAAUGAUAUUAUAGAUUUUUAAGAUAUGAAAAGAAAAUAUUUUUUACAUUAUAUGUAUUUUGUUCUGUAUAAAAAAAAACAAACAUUAAAUGUCUUUGAUUUUUAAAGUCGUAUAGUAUAUUGCACACAAAUAUUUUUUGAAGUUAUAUAUAGAGAUUUUUGCUUGUAAAAUGGAACAUACAUAAUUAGAAAUAAAAAUUGU